GCACAGUCUGUUGUAGCGGCGAGGGUCGGGCCGAGGCUCGUAACUUAUCGCAGUAAUAGGCUCUCCCUCUAACAGUCACGACAGCCAGCCGACUCGGUACUCUUCAGCCCAGACUUGAGCGAGAGGACGGCGUGCAGGUGCACUCGAGGUCGGUGUAACUCUUCUUAUAUUAUUUCUUGGGAAUGUGCUCGACUUGAGAGUCUCAUGGCACCAGCACAAAGUAGGCGGAAGGUCUCCUAUGUCAUACCUCCUCCGACAGAGCCCGUCCCGCGUCUCCAGCUUCCCCCACACGGUCUCCCUAGACAUGGUUCUGUUUUGCCUCUCAUUCGACCUUCAUCGUCUUCGGAACCAACAUCUCCUGUGAGCCCGAGAUGGACACAUAAUUCACGACAUCGACUGGGCGUGGCUUGUCUUGCACUCGAUACUUCUACUCAUCUCGUUGGCAAGUCGGCGCCCGAGGGCAUACUCUAUACAGGCGGUCGUGAUGGGCUCGUAAUCUCUUGGGACUUGGGGCUGCCUAUGAAGCAUAGGUCCGUGAGGAAGGAUAUGGCCACUCUCGCAGCUAGCGGGUCGCAGAUGUCGGUUGGGCAUUGGGAAAGGAUGACCGGGUGGGGAGACGAUGUGAUUGACGAAGAGCUGGAGGAGGGAGAGGACGGACCAAGGAGUGAUGGUGAUAUUCUGGGAGAGGUUAAGGGCAGCGGAAGGCGGAGACGACGGAGUGUAAAUACGGACGCCCCUAUACCCUUCGAGCACCAGUGGGAAACCGACCUGGAUGCAUUCGAGCCUGGCAAGCCGUCACAAUUCCGACAAUCUACACAAGUACACACCGACUGGGUAAACGAUAUACUUCUGUGUAAUCACAAUCAGACCGUCGUAUCCGCAUCUUCCGAUGGCUCUGUCAAGGCUUGGAAUCCACACUCCUCACCGCUGUCCGACCCAACUACCGUUGGUAUACAUCAAGAUUACGUUCGGUGCCUUGGCCAAAGUCGAGAACAAAAUUGGGUUGCCUCCGGCUCCUUUGAUCGCACCAUCAAGCUCUGGGACCUCGGUCGCACGUCCUCGGAACCUAUCGUCACUCUGAAUGCCGCUGAUUCUACUGGCCCAAAGUCUUCGAUAUACGCCAUGGCCGUAGAUCCUUUUGGCCAUACAAUCGUUUCUGGAGGUCCCGAGCGUGUCAUUCGACUAUGGGACCCACGAGCUGGUAAAAGGAUAGGCAAGCUUGUCGGACACACGGACAACAUCCGGUCUAUACUUGUUUCCGAGGACUCAAGAUAUUUGCUGACGGCGUCCGCCGAUGCGUCGAUCAAACUCUGGUCUCUUGCCUCACAACGAUGUCUACACACCUUCACUCACCACACCGACUCCGUAUGGUCCCUACACUCCUCCCACCCAUCCCUCGAAGUCUUCUAUUCCGGCGACAGAUCCGGCUUCGUUUCUAAAGUCGACGUCGAAGGCUGCACAGACAUGUCCGAGGGCGAAUGCGUCCUCCUCUGUCAAGAUACCAACGACCACGGUAGCGUCUCGGAGGGAGUCAGCAAGAUCAUCGCUGUGGACGAUAAUCUGCUAUGGACAGCCUCCGGGAACCCGAGUCUUAAACGGUGGCGUGUGCCACAGCGAAGAUCGGUCAGAGCUGCUGCGUUGGCUGUCAGUGAAGUUUCAGAGGAUAUGGGACCACCGGAGUCUCCGUUCGUCUCCUCGUCUUUCAAGCGCAAGUCGAGAAGUAUCGACACCUAUCGCUCAAGACCGAAAUCAAUGACGGCUGAUUAUCCGGCCACAGCAUCUGCCCCUCGUAUCCCUCGUCACUCAAACUCCCUGGGCACGACAUUAUCGACCGCGGACGAUAGCUCGAUGUUCGCGGGUCAUGAAGGGGAGGCGACGUGGUACGGUAUUCCGUUCGAGAGCCUUGUGAGGUUGACGUCGCCACACGAUCCAUUCUCUUCGUUCUCGCCGAUUGGGAGAGGACGAGACGCGGACGUCGCGACGCUCUAUUCUGCCGCUUCGAUUGUCUCGGUCCCGGGUCCUCGAACGUCACUAGCUCGAUCACCACUCCAAUCUGUAUUCCCGGGCGCACAACUGACGCAUACCCCGUCCUCGUCACAAUCGCAUGGAACGAAUCGCGAGAGCAGUCCCGUGCACAGUAUCGAUCUCGUCACAUCACCACGGGCGGACGAGACGUUGCAUCCUGCGCAUAAUGCACGAGUGGAGUACGAAGAGCGGGAAGUCGUGGCUGAUGCUGUACCGCUGCAGAGCACGCCUGACGAGAUCAUAGAGGGCGAACAUGGGCUCAUCAGAGCUAUCAUCCUCAACGAUCGAAUACACGCCUUGACAGUCGACACCGCGUCCUCCGUAGCCAUCUGGGACCUCAUCCGUGGCGUAUGUCUCGGGAAAUUCCCGUGUAGCGAUGUCGCGGCGGCGAGUUUGAACGGCAGUACGAGGACCGGUCCUGGGAGUGCUAGUGCGGCAAGUGGAAGCGGGAGUGGAGGUGGGGCGAGUAGUGGGAGGGAGAGGAGUCCGAGGGAGGCGUUGGAGAUUGUGAGGGAGAGGGUCGAGGGAGAGGCGGUUGUUAUGCCGUGGAGUACGGUGGAUACGAAGAUUGGAGUGUUGAGUGUGCAUUUGACGGAGAGGUGCUUUGAGGCGGAGGUUUAUGCGGAUGAGGUCAAUUGGGGCGAGAAGGGAGGUGGGGAGGAGCAUCGACUGAAUAUCGGCAAGUGGGUUCUUCGGAACCUGUUCUUAGGUUUUAUUCGAGAGCAGCAGAGAGCCUACGCACGUCGUGUACGAGGCCACGACGCAGGCGUACACCCUAUGCAACGCACAUCCCAUUCAAACCACGUCCACGACCCAGACUCUAUACCCGGAACUCCCAGAAGACGAUCGUCCACCUCGACCACUUCAAGUUCUUCCAUCUCCCGCCGCCUAUCCUAUCCACCCUCCCACGCCUCCAUCGUGUCUUCCCCAUCCCUCAUCCCAGCCGUCUCACCCCUCAUAACCUCCUCCGCCUCCGCAAACCCUCUCAAACCUACACUCUCACCACUCAUAACACCUAAAAUACCCCUACAUCAUAAUCACCACAGCGCGCUUACACCUAUCGCUCAGAGUCCUGGAAGUGAGAUUACUCCUGGCCCGGGAGUGACUAUCACGAGUCCUACUGGAAGACAUUCAAGGGCGUAUACUGAUACAAGUGCGACACCGCACCCCACUCAUCCACAUGCGGGCGAUUAUUUCUCCAUGACCGUGAGACGACCUUCGGUCUCUUCAGGAUUGCAGACACACUCGCAGACGCAGUUAAUGUCCACGUCGGCGUCCGACGAACAUGUGAGCUGGGGUCCUGGGGUGCCGAAUCCAAAUCAUGCUACUGCUCCCGCGGUCCCGAACCCGAAGGAGAUGGGAGUGGCGAGGGAUAAGGAGAAGGAGAGGGAUGUGAACCAGCCUUUGACGCCGAACAAGGAUGGGGGUGGAUUGAUGGGGAGGUUGAAGAGUUUGGGAAAGAGGAGGCCGGCGAGUGAGCAUGGGAAUAGGGAGGCUAAGGUGGUCAAUGCGGAGUUGGCGGCAGCGAAGGAGGCGACGGAGAGUGCACCACCUGUAUCGACUACCCAGUCUCCAGUACAAGCCCUCCUCGCUGGUACAAUCACCCCGCCCACCUCUGCAGAAGCCCCAACACUACCUCUGAACGGAUCCAUACAGAUCUUCAUAGCCGAGGAAGGGCCUCCCGGCUGGACCGUCACUUAUCGCGGUACAGUGUCGAGUACGGGCGCAGACGUGCACACUCUGGAGGAAGCAUUGCCGAUGUGGUUGUUGGAGUAUCUAUUGGUGAACAAGGCGCCAGUCGUGCCGAUCACGAAAAUUGGCUUUGUUUUGUUACCGUAUCAGAGUAAGGAGCCAGAUGCGGAGCAGUUGCCUGAGUUGUUGAACACGUCUCAGUCGAAACUUACUGCGAGUCGGUUCUUAAGGGUGCGGAAGCUGACGUCUCAUGUUCAAGACAAGAUCGAUAAAAUGGCAAACCACCUAAACACGCCGUCACCCACCGCUCGGAUCUCCCCUCGCUCCUCAAGUGACACCCACCACUCCUCAUCCUCCAACGGAAACACACUCAAAGACAGAGAACGCGAACGGUCUCACGAUUCAGGUCGUCCGAGACCCGAGGAGACGUGGGAGAUUUUGUGUAAUGAAACGGUGUUGCCGUUGGAUAUGACGCUUGCGGCCGUGAAGCAGUUCGUGUGGAAGCAGUCAGGGGAAUUGACGAUGCACUACAGGCGGAGGAGGGCGUGAUUGGACUUGUAUUGGGUUCCGGCUAGCUGGGGUGAAUGAGAAGGAUGGUAGUGAAAAAGGACGCUCUUACAAUUUACUUGUUAUCUGUGGGACGGGUACGAUUUUUUCGUUCGCAGGUGCGGUUGUGGCGCCGGGCGCACUGACUGACUGAGCUUGGUUUAUUUGUACGCUUGGUGUUUGUUCUUUUAGAUCUGGCUUUUGCUGUAGCAUACGUUCAAUGAGUUCUAAU